CUUGCUCAGCUCGUAUUGUCGGGUGCAACUCGCAUCCUUAUCUACAAAAUAACGCAGACCCUUUCGUCCUCCUAUCACCAGACCGAUCUCAUUCAGCGUGGACCUCUCUAGUUUUACCGGAGACAAUGAAGAUCAAAAACAUUGCUAUACUUGGUCCUCGAGGCAACGUUGGUAGCGCGCUCAUCGCCGAGCUGCUCAAGGACGGUGAUCGCUUCAAAAUAACAGCUAUCUCGCGCCCAACUUCCAGCUACACCACUUCUGCGAACUCCAACAUCGUCGCGAAAUCCGCCGACUUCAGCUCCCUCGACUCCCUCAGAGAUGCAUUCACCGGCCAAGACGCGAUUGUUAAUUGCGUUUCGGGCGGAGCUACGCAUUACGAGCCCUCGAAACUCAUCAUCGAUGCGGCCGUCGCAGCUGGAGUGGGGCUUUACUUUGCGAAUGAGUUCGUGGGAAGCUUGACGAGCGAGCGGUUCAAGCGGCUGCCGGAGAGUUAUGUAGGGGCGAAAGUGAGGAUCAGGCAGUAUCUGGAAGGGCUUGGGAAGGAGGGGAAGAUCAAGUGGACGGCGCUGAACGGAGGGCCGUUCUUCGAUAUGUGGCUCAUGAAAGGACCCGCAGGAUUCGACAUCCCUAAUCGCCAGGCGCGACUCUACGGCGCAGGCGACAAUGCGCUCUAUUGGACACCCCUCCCGACCAUCGCCCUGGCAGCGGCAAACAUGCUUCGCAAUCCCACUCCCAUCCUCAACCGUCCAAUACACAUUUGUCCGCUCCCAACACUCACCCAAAACGCCAUCCUAACCACCCUGGAAUCCGAGCUCAACACCAAGUUCACAAUCACGCACGUCGACGUCGCGAAAAUGAACAAAAAUGCGAGGAUUGCGCUGGAGAAAGGAGAGAUCAUGAAAGCAAUGAAGGGACUGACGAUUAGUGGCCAGUUCUAUGAGGGCGACUACGACAACGAUUUCAGUGCGCUUGUGGAGAAUGGGGUCGUAGGAGUCGAGGAGAUGAGUAUUGAGGAGGCGGUUAGAGACGCGAUCGAGCGGUGGGGAGAAAGUACGCCUGUUGUGGAAGGUAUGUACAAUGUUGAGCCCUGCGAGGUGUAAUAACGAAAAGUGCGGACAUGGAGCCCCCAGCAUGGUGGACUGGGAGGAUGACGUUUGAUGAGGGGGCUUUCCGGUGAAGAAGGCGAUG